UCCAGCAAACCGCUAAGCGAUUCGCGAAAAUAUUUCAAGAUUUGUUGUCUAAUAAUAAAAGUUAUUAUUUAUUACGAAUGCAGGACGUUAUUUGUUUCAAAGAAUGUAGCGCGAAUAAAGUGAUCCAUCAAUCGUGUACACAUCGAAAAAAAUUAACCAAACCCAAGAUUUGGUUUAAUCCAUCGGUUUUCUCGGCUUUCAAUCUUUCAAAACCGUCAGGCAACAAUGAGAAGAACCAAGAGAUUGAAAACUAAUGAAGAUAACCAAAAUAAUGCUCGUCAUGCACGCGAUUACAUAAAUACUUUAAACGAUGAUUGCUUAAUUUUAAUAUUCGAAUUACUUCCUAUAUGCGACAGAAUUUCGAUUGAAAGAGUCUGUAAACGAUGGAGAAUUUUGGCUAAAGAAUCAUGGAGAUAUCAAAAAUUCAUCGACUUCAAUAUAGAUAGUUGGGGUUCAUACAAGUUCAUAGAUUGUAAUGAUUUGAAAAAAGUUGCCAAGCGUUGUGGACAAUAUAUUAAACAUUUAGAAGUACGUCCUUGGCAACGAAUAUCAGAAAUUAAAAAUUUACAAUCAGUAGCCAAAUUUCUUCCAAACUUGGAAAUAUUAGAUCUGAGAGAUUACAACUUAUCACCAAAAGUACUCAAGUCUUUGUUGAUUAAUUGUGAAAAUAUUACCCAACUCUCUAUAAGGAAUAUUGUUAAAACAUUCAAAGACACCGAUUUAAGUGAUGCACUUAGUAAUUGUAAGAAAUUACAAGAGUUUCGUUUUAAAAAUUCAAAUAUAAAAUUUAGCGUAGAAAUAUUUGAAGCGUUGCCAUGCGAUACGAUUCAAAAAAUUAAUUUAAAUAAAUGUACUAGAAUAUCAUGGAACAAAUUGCCUGAGCAAUCAUAUUUCUUACAGGUAUUUAGUAAAUAUAAAAAUCUAAAUAGCUUGAGCUUAACAACUUGCAUUUGUAAUAAUGGAAUGUCUGGUUGGAUUAUAAGCUGUUUAGAAAAAAUUCCAUUGGAACAGUUACAUUUAAGUAAUAAUGAUGGUAUCACAGAUUCUUUUUUAAUUGAAUUAAGUAACAAAUGCGGUAAAUUGAAGAAUAUUUCAAUAAUGCAUUCAAACAAAAUUACUGAUCAUGGGAUAUCAGCUUUGACACAAAUGCCUUCUCUUGAAUGUGUAACAAUGCAGGCAUUACCUCUAGUAACUGAAAAAGGUAUCUCACAUAUUUGCCGGCAAAACAAAUUUGAAUGGUUCUCUAUAAGUGGAACAAAAAAAAUCAUCAAAAAAUAAAAUUCAUAAUUACUUAUAGGCUAAGUGAAUUAAUAUGAACUAUAUUAAUGUGAGAUUGAUUUUAUAUUUUUCUAAAAGUGUUAAAAAGUUUAUUAAAAUUUUUUUAUUUAAAUGUAAGUAAAUUGAAUGUGCUUAAUUGGUAGAUCAUUGUGAUUUGUUAGAAAAGUACAUGGUAACUUAAAGCCAUCUUAAUUAAAUUAUGAUAAUUAAUACUUACUGAUUGAUAACUGAGUACUGACUGAUACUUACAAAUGAUCAUAAAUGAAUAAUUCAAAAUUACAUAUCAAAAUUUGCAUGUUUCAUAAAUGUAAAUUAAAAUUGUAUUUCUUUGCUUGACCUGCAUAAAAUAUAUAUGAGAAAUGAUGAUUUGAAUGAUGA